AUGUCCCGAUCAAUCUAUCUUGGAGCCGAUGGAAAGCUCUGCAUCAAGCAAGUCACCGAGGCCCGCGUGCCGCAAAAGUCGCAAGCCCUCGUUUCGGUCCGCUACUCGGGCGUCAACUUGUGUGACCUCAACUUUUUCCACGUCGGCCUGAGCUCCUACAUCACGGGCUUCGAGUUUGCCGGCACCGUCGAGGCAACGGGCCCGGACUCGACUCUUCGUCCGGGCGACGUCGUCGUCGGCCUGUCCCCCGUCUCCUUCCCCCAACCUUCGUCCCUGGGCACGCACCAGGACAAGGCCAUCGUCGAAAGCGACCUCUCCUUCAAGAUCCCCGCCGGCCUGCCCCUCACAGACGCCGCCGGCUUGGUCCUCGUCACCCAGACCGCCGCCGAUGCCCUCUUCAACGUCCUCGGACACGGCCUACCGGCCGCCGACGUGGCUGGGGCCGACGCCACCGACAGAGCGAUCCUCAUCUGGGGCGGCGCCAGCAGCGUCGGCGUGGCGGCUAUCCAGCUCGCCAAGGCCGCGGGCUUCGGUCACAUCUUCGCAACGGCCUCCCCCAAGAACCACGCCGUUCUCCAGAAGCUGGGGGCCACGCGCUGUUUUGACUACAACAGCGCGGUCGUGGCCGAGGAUAUCCGCGCCGCGGCGGAGGAGCUCGGGCUCGUGUUGGCCACCGCCUUCGACACUGUCGGCCACGGGCUCGCGGGCCCCGGCGUCGAUCCCCAGCGGACCUCGCCCGCCCUCGUGCGUCGCAGCCUGUCAGCGGGCGUCCCUGAAGAGUCUCUCAAGCUCGCGUGCACACUGCCCGUCCCUAGUGAUCCAGCGUUCGGCUUCUGCACGUCGUACCGGCCCGCAGGCAGCGUGGGGGCCAUGGGGAGCCCCCAGGACCCGGGAUUCCCGGUUCGCUCGCGCAAGGUCAUGUCGUACCUCUUGAGCACCCUCGAAAGGGUUCCGCGGCAUCCGAAUGUUACGGUAGUAAAGGGAGGGGAGGCGGGCAUCAAGGAGAUCGAGAGGGUGGCUCACGGCGGCGCCUCUCUGGAGAAGGUUGUAAUUGAACAUCCCAUCUAA